CUUCAUGAACAGAAUUUGGAAGUGCCUCUCAGCCUGAAUCAAAGUAUUAUGGAGCAGCUGCAGUCUCCCAGCAACAUGAGUGAAGCGUCUCAUAGAAAUCUCCUACAUGACAGCCUGGCUCAGCUGGCAUGUCACUUUACGUGGAAGCUGGUUAUAGAAGACAUAGACAUACCUGAUUUGGAAAGCAGGAUCUUGCAGAGUAACUUCCUUAACACCAGCUUCAAUGUGGGAAUGCACAACCUCAUGGCCUACGUGAAACACCUGACAGGCCAGCAUGAAAAAGCCCUGCAGAGCUUGAACAAAGCCAAAGACUUAAUCCAGAGACAGCAUGCCAACCGGAGGGACAAGAGAAGCCUGGUGACCUGGGGCAACUAUGCCUGGGUGCAUUUCCACAUGGGUAGGUUAGAUGAAGCCCAGAUCUACCUGGACAAGGUGGAAAACACUUGCAGGGAGCUUGCAAGCCCCUUCCGCUUUAGGAUAGAUGGUCCUGAGAUGGACUUUGAGGAAGGACGGGCCUUGCUGAAGUGUGGAAGAUGGAAUUAUAAGCGAGCCAUGGCCUGCUUUGCAAAGGCCUUGCAAACCGAGCCUGAAAACCCUGAAUUCAGCACUGGCUACGCCAUCGCAGCCUAUCACCAAGACUAUGAUUUUAAUAAUGUGAUUUCUCUCCAACCCUUAAGGAAGGCCGUCAGGUUAAAUCCAGAAGAUGCUUAUAUUAAAGUUCUCCUUGCUCUAAAACUUCAGGAUGUAGGAGAAGAAGCUGAAGCAGAAACGUACAUUGUAGAAGCUCUUACCAGCGCAUCCUCCCAGCCCUAUGUCUUUCGCUAUGCAGCCAAAUUUUACCGAAGGAAAGGCUUUGUGGACAGAGCGAUUCAACUCUUAGAAACGGCCUUGAAGGAAACACCUUCCUCUGCCUUCCUGCAUCACCAAAUUGGGCUUUGCUACAAGGCACAAAUGAUCCAAAUAAAGGAAGCUGCAAACAUGCAGCCUAGAGGGCAGGAUAGAGAAAAAGUGGAGGAACUGGUCCAAUCGGCUAUACAUUACUUUCAAAAGACUUUAGAGUUAAGGCCAACAUUUGACAUGGCUUAUGUUAAUCUGGCUGAAAUGUAUAUAGAAAUUGGCCAUUUCCAAAAUGCAGAGAGCAACUUUCACAAAGUGUUAAGCAUGAGAAACCCCGAUGAUCAUGUCCGGCAAGAGAUCCAUUUCCGCUAUGGCCGAUUCCAACAAUUUCACAGGAAAUUAGAAGACGAAGCAAUCACCCAUUAUUUGAAAGGUUUAAAAAUAGAAGUAGCAUCGUAUUCCAAAGAAAGGCUUCUCAAGGCUUUGGAGAAGUUGGCUGUAAGACGUGUUCGCCAGAAUCUACAUGUUGUGGAAAGCACCUGCCUCCUUGGGUUUGUCUACAAAUUGAAAGGGGACAUGGAUGAGGCCCUGCUGUGCUAUGAGAGGGCUCUGAGGCACACUUGUGAAAUAAACCCUGAGUUUUGAAAUACAGAUCACCAUUGGCAUUUUAAAGGUAUCCAUGACUUAAUAGCCUACUAAUCUUUAGUUGUUGCUUUCAAAAAUGAAUAACCUGAUAAAACAAACAACAAAAAACCUGGAUGUGAUGCCUUCUCUGUGCUCUAUCUGUUCCCCAGCUUGUCUUUCUUCUUGGAUCUGUCUCUAUGACAGGAGGCUCCAUUCUUUGGCCAUACAUUCCUGUACUCAUUUACCAUGCCUGACUCCCAUGGUUUGGGGCAACUGUCACUUGCUGGACCAACAAGAUCCAUUUUCCUUAUGACUGUGCCUUUGGAAAGAAUGACUUAAAUCCUCAGUCUGAUGGUGCUCGGAUCAAAGGAAACGUCAAGGAAGGUUUCUUCUUCAUGCAGCCAGAAUCCUUGACCUUUAGCAACAUCUGAGAGCAAAAGAAAUGAGCAAAGAUGAGCAUCAAAAAGGAGAGAAAUUCAGGAGUUUUGCAGUAUUCCUGGGGAGAGUUUCAUUCUCCCAGGCCCCAUGGUAGCUAUGACCUGCUAACCAAUGAGCUCAGCCAUAUAAUCAAUGUCACCUUUUAUAUACAAGUGUAUGACUGUUGACAAUCGUGGUAGAUGUAUGUGGUUCAAAUACAUUGCUUGACAUUUAUUCAUAGCUAAAAAGACUUUCAGUGUAUUUAGGAAACAAAGUAAUAACCUCCUUGUACUCUGCAAACUAAAAAUGGCAUAAAUAACUUCAUGACAUUGCUUAGAUUAUUAAGAGUUGUGUGAUACAAGCUUGCUGUUUUUCCAACCCCGUAGCAUUCAGUAAAAUCUGCUCAGAUCUCAAAAUUAUCAGAGUAUUUUGUUUGUGUUCUUUAAAAAAAAGAUCUGUAUUCUACGUUUGUGUGGAAUACUGCAGAACCAACUUAUGUAACAUUAAGACAGAUGAGGUAAAGGAGGCCCUGAAAAUGCAAACAAUGCGAAGUCUUAAAAAAUACACCGAAUGGUUUUAUUCCUAAUAUAUAUAGAACUAGAAGACUGAGUUAUGGCACUUUGAUUGUGAGAACUGCGAUUAGCCUGGUGGAGACUAGGGUAGGAAUGCACUGGGUCAAGCGAAGCCAUUUCCAAAUUUGUUAAUGCUAAACGAUGAACAGAUUUAUUAAAUUCAAGCAGAGGAACUACUAGCAUGGGAAUGCUGUCCUUUAUAUUUUUUUUAAAAAGGUACA